CUGAAUGGCGUCCGGGCGUGACUUUCAAGGACGCGGGACCAGGCGAUCCCCGAACGAGACCACGGAAUUUGACGAAGAAAUUUUGUCUGCAUGGAGUUUCAUGGAGCUAGUGAGAUUGAGUGAGUGGGUGAGUGGGUGAGUGAGUGGCGAUGGCUGUUUGUUGUUCAUGUAAAGCAGCCUCCACUCUCGGCGAAGGAAUCCCACAGAACGAUACCCUUUCGUUGAAGCUGCGAAACUGCCGCGGGAAUGAUUCUGGACGGAGAGGAACCUGGGGCGUGGAGGUGAAUGCGUCAAUUGCUCCUUUUGGAAUUCCAAAAUGUUCAGUUUGCAAAAUUGGCGUUGCUUGAUUGGCGUGUGAUGGGGGUGCCACUGGCGCGCUGAAGAAUUGGCAGCUCGAGGAAAGGGAGUUGUUGGUUCGGAGGGAGGAGUGUACUGAGUCGUGUGCUGGGACAGUUUGAAGUUCGUGCAGAGGAGUUUGGGUCCAGGAUGAAGUUUGUCCUUGUCACUGGGAGGCGUGAUGGUUACUUGAACACGGAUUCCGGAAAUAUGUCACCUUUCGAACAUGAGGAGGUUUUUGUUUUGGACUAUGGUGGUGAGGCAGUGAUGGAGAAGGAAAGGCAAGGUGAUUUCCUAGAGAAAACUGUUCAGGUUGUACCACAUAUCACAGACGCUAUUCAGGACUGGAUUGGACGAGUUGCUUUAGUUCCAGUGGAUGGACUCUCCGGGAGUGCCGAUGUUUGCGUCACUGAGCUGGAUGGCACCAUCAGUACUUGUUUGGCUCUCGUCGCUUCGAUUGUUUGUCAAGGUGAUGAGGUGCCAUCAAAUCCAUGCCUUUCCUCGAAGCUCUCCUGCAGGUCCAAUUUCGAGUUGGUAAUUUUUGCAUCAUGUAUACAAUUUGCUGUGCUGGAAAGCAUUAUGGGCUCAUGUUGGAUUCCUUUCUCGCUUGCCGAAGCGCUCAGUCUAGCAAAGGGGUUAUUACUGGUAGUCUCAUCAGCUCUAAGCAUGGCGGAGGCUGGUCAUAUCCUCUACAUAAAUGAUGUCUCCAACAUCGGGCACAUUCCUCUUUUGCUGAGGGAUCAGCAAGGGCAUCAAGCAAUUCUUCGCAAACUACAAUUGAGGUUAGUCUAUGCUGUCUGGAUCUGUCUAGCAAGGUGUUCUAGUUCAAUCUCAGAGAAACUUGUAGCACCACCUCCCUUCAGAAAAAUGGAUCUCGCUUGUAAAGAUUUUUAUGGCUUAAGAAUUUACUGGUUUGUCAGACUUGUAUCUCUCGGUUCUGAAGUCUUUGCAACAUGCUUCAUUGCAUGUUCAAGAAAGCUGCUGUUGGAGUGGGUUGCGGCUACUGAUCUGGAGGAUUGUGCCAAGGAGGAGGCACCAGAAGCAUAUGAUUCCGCUUGGAAUACCUUGAAGAAAUCUCAUGAUGCGCUCGUCCCUAAUGGAUUUGGUGACCGUGGGGUUCAAGGAAAGAUACUAGCUGCUACUUAUGUGCGUUCAAAUGGGGUUUCCUACCUGGGCAUUUGGUUAGGGAUGCAGCUUGCUGUUGUGGAGUUUGCCAGAAACAUUCUUGGAUUGAAAAACGCCAAUAGCACUGAAUUCGACUCUGCUACACCAUUCAUGUGUUUUAUUAUGCCAGAGGUCUCUGAAACACACAUGGGUGGCACAAUGAGACUUGGAGGUCGCAAGAUAUUGCUAUAACCACCGGUUGCACAACAGCCAAGUUGUAAGUUAUGAAAGUCAAUUGUCUUUAAUAUCAUUUUCACUGCACAAUUAGAAGCAGGGAUUAAUAGCUGAAGUUCGUGUCUGGUUGAAUUCAAUUGCAAGAUAUGGUAGUGUAUGGUUCUUCAGUUAUAUUCUCCUGUUUGUGCGUUUGAUUGAGGUGAAGCUAUACAGUUGCUUCAGUUCUUGUUAUGUGUUGUGUUUCUUUGUGAUAUCAUUCUUGAAACAUAAUUUAUGCUCAAGCUGAGAUUUUAAUCCUUUCUGUUCUUGUUAGCGAAAAGAUUCAUUUUAAAAUAAGCGUCACAGACAUCGUUAUGAGACGAUCAAUCAUCAUUCAACUUCUGUUGGACACACUAGGUCCCUAGGAUACUAUGUGUAUUAAGUUUAUUGCUUUGUUGAAACUGUUGGAGCGUAAGACAUUCCAUUCUGGCAGUUGAAUCCUAAUGUGAUAGAAAGUUUAGAGCCGCUGGACUUCGGUAUGUUUGCAAGGACGAGUCAGGACGUAUGAUGGAGGUAUCAUCGAACUCAUUGCCAUUGUGCUAAUAAGAUACCAUCGAAACUAACUGCAGCUACUUUUUCUUGGUAUUGCAAUUGAGACAGCAGUUAAGUUUCUCAUGUUAAUAGCUUAAAAUAAGUAUGUUCCCACUUUAUAAUUUUGACGCACUCAUAUCUAGAACUGUUCAUAUGGGUGUCCCAAAAUGAUUGUUCCUGGGAUUGUUAAGGUUAGGAACUGCGAGGACAUCCCUAUCAUGUGGGCAUUCAAUUUCAUCCAGAAUUCAAAUCGCGACCCGGGUAACCUUCCUCAGUUUUCUUAGGUUAGGUUUCUGGUCUCCUUAUUUGAUUUGGAACUUUUGUAAACAAUAAGGGAGUCAUGCACACGUACACGUAAGGUUGAAUACUUACCAACUCCUUCACCAAGUUGGACAUUCUCUGAGACGUCAGAAUUUUGGAAUCUUGUUUCAUAUUGUCUACUAAUGUCGAUAUCUUUAGUCAACUCGAUUUCUUUAUGUUCUUUUAGAUGCAUACAAGUGGGUUGUGAUUAUACGAGCUGCGGAAUAAACUCACAAUUGCAGUGGGUAGUGUGAACAUGCGGUUAUGCAGUUGUAAUAAACAGAUUUAUGGACUCAGCAUGCAGGUUUAAUUUUAACUGCCUCAGGUCAAAAGGUUCGUUACAUCAAUGGUAUACAUUCAUUUUGAAUAAGAAGAAAUCAUUCAACAUCCUA